AUGGAGCUGGCGUACUUCUUAUUUCAUGCCAGAGCAAACCUGAAUUUGGACCUUCUAACUCACUUGGGGUUCAGAUCCAACGACUGGGCGGCGGUAUACACUUUACUCGGCAGAUUAUUGGACACGGCGGAGGCACUCAAGGAGAUUUCCCUGCUUCCUGCGCGUGGUUUUGUCGAUGAAUUGGCCUCAAAUUCUGGCGUUUCACUUGACCAGCUCACCAGCCAGCACAUCUCGUUUAUUCCCCGGCCCAGAGCAUCAAGCACAAAGUCCGCUUCUGUUGCCCGAUUAACCAGUCUUGAUGCACUCACAAGGGCACCUUUUGCCCAGUAUCACCGCAAAAGACUGAUGGCCGAGGUAUGGAAAAGCUUGGGAUCAAUAGUCUUAGCCGCCGCAGAUGCCUCUCCUAAUGACUCCAAGCUGGCCAUGUCAUAUGUAUACCGAAUCCUUGCGCGGCUUCACCAUUCCGGUGCUGUCUCCGAGCGGGUAUACAAGUACACCGACCCGGAUAAACAUCAAGCUACGCCUCGGCCGCCAGGAAUGCAUCUGCUGUCCGUUCAGAUCUUGGACAUCCUUUCAAAUGAAGCAUGGAUAAUGCAUCAGGCUGAGGUCGCGGCGAAAGCGGCUGCCGCUGGACAGGACUCUCCUUUUCUCUCGCUCAAGCCAAAUCUCAAAGAGCUUGGGCAUGAGAUUUGGUUAGAAUUUAUCCUCUGGUGCUGCGUGGAGGAUGGGCAUAUUGAAGAAGGAAUAUGGCUUGUUGAGCAGAUGACUACGCGGAGGGGUGAGAUCGCUUGGAAAUUCAAAGACUGGAAAGCUCUCCUUCAGGACCCAGAGUCAUUACACAGGAUGAAGAUUGAUCAAGAGGUUACAUGGCACCAUGAUCCUGGGUCAGCGCAUGUCGCUCCCUGGCGGCGGAAGCGCGCUGAAACCCCUCCUGUUUUCCAUGGACUCGGAAGGCGAGUUAUCAGCAUGGAGAUUGUCUCGGCGUUGUUAGAUAAUAUCUCCAACGUGAUCUAUCUGGGGUUGGGCUCAAGGGGUCUGCGCGCUAGUUCGUUCAUCCGCCAUGUCAGUCGUCUACAGUCCACCAUAACUCCAAUAUGGCGGGAAUCAAAUCUGCUUCCGACAACCAAAGAGAUCAACUGGUUAACCGUGCGUGUGAUGGAGUCUGGAGGAUUGGAUCCCAAGGCGGACCCCCAGAUGUUUGAUGAUUUUCUCAGAGUAACCCCUUGUCUUGUUCCGCCUUGGAGCAGUGACAUGUGUCCGGUGGAUGAGGAGUCGCUCGCUCAACUUCACCCGUCACAUCUCUAUGAUGACACGUCCGCCUUUACCGGUUUGAUCGAAUACAACCUGAGGUAUUAUUGCUCUCAACGACUGCUUGGGGGUGCCUCGAACAUGUUCACCAUGCUGCAGGAGGUCAUCGACGCCAGCAAAAUUAGGCGCAUUGAUGAAUUCUUCUCGGCUUCGAUGGAACCCUCCGACGAAAAUGUACUCUCCGAAUUCCAAGAUGACCAACCUCCUCUACGAUUCUUCGAGUCAUCAAUCCCGCACAUCUCAAAUGUGACACUGGCUGAGCUACUUGACCUCAUCACAAUCUGCCGGGCUUUUAGUUUUGGGGAAUGGUUAUUAUUCUCGGACGAUAUUGACGGGCCCACAGUGCCCGCUACUGCUUACGGAGACCAAGCCCUAGCACCCUCAAUAUUGCGUUUUGCGGCGGCUACGAAGAACCACUCCCUCGGCGAAUCGGUCAUCACGUCACUUCAAUCGCCUCUGUCCCUGAACACCUUGCGUGCGCUUUGCAAUUACCGCAUCGCGAUGCAUCAGUGGGAUCUGGUCAUCACCUUGCUCAGGUAUAUGCGCGAUUACCGACUCAUGUCCUGGGCUCAUAGCAACAUCGCCGCUCUCGGUGCGGAGAUCAUCCGCCUCGAGAAGCUCCCCAAGAAGAAGAAUCCAGGUGCCGAAACAGAUCUAUCUCAAGCAAAGGAAAUCCUACUCCGCAUCUUGACUGGCGAGUUCCACGAAAAUCCCCACACCAAACGCAAACCUAAUUACCAGCAUCGUGUCCUUCUCGCCUUCACACUCCUAUUCUCCCGUAUCUCCUCGCCUUCCCUUCGCGAGAUCGCUGGACACGUUUACGAUGACCGCCUCGUCCCCAAAUCGAACCACAUGUACAUUCCUCCCGCGCCUUUCCAUGUCCUUUUGUCCGCUGUUGUCGAGACUCAAGGUAGUUCUGCCGGCCAGAAUCUCUAUAAACGCUUCUGUGUCAACCUUGACCCACCAACUCUCCGCCGUAUCCGAGAAGGCGGCGUAUCACACCUAUACCAAAGUCCCGAGCGAAACCGCGACAAGGGCGACCCGCACUAUGAUUUUCAAUAUCAUAGUCAUCUUCGCAAGAAGAUUGUGCUUCCGAAUCCUAAUACUGUAAGGAUUAUUGCUCGGGAAGCUGUCAGGGAGUAUGAACAGGCCUGUGCUGCCGAGAACCAAGCCAUCGGUACCGCGCUUCUGAAUGAAAAGGAGACGGCUAUGGAGACCACGACAUAUCACACAGUUCCCGCGCCACAAACUGACAACCACGACCUUCCGAAUCCGCUUUCCUCGUCGGUUCCGGGAUCUGAUACAGCGACAGGCCCCGCCGCCAGAAAAGCUCAAGUAGAAGCCAUAUUGUUCUCUUGCAUAAAACGCUUCGGGUCCAUGGGCAUGAGCGACCGCGAAAUAACCCGUGAAGUAGGCGGCCUGGUGUACUGGAAAUAUCAACAGGCUGAGCGCGAGCGAAACAAGGACACUCCGGAUGUCAAGAAGAGAGAAAGGAGGAUAAGGCGAAGGAUUGAGGACGUCGCCCUUCCCGUUUCUGGUAGAACUCAGGAUCCGAGCUCAGCGUCUUGA